AUGGCUACAAACAGAAGAAUCGUCUCGCAAGAGAAGACCCAUCUGGACCAAGACGAGGUCCAGCAGCAACCCUCCAUAACAACUCCUGCUGUGCCCCAGUAUGCUGAAUUCAUCCAUCGCAACUCCACUUAUGCUGGUGCAACCGCUGCAAUUAUCGCAAACUUUGUCCUGAUUGGCUACGUUAUUGUCGCUAUGAGAGAGGACGCAGGCGAGCAAGCAGAGGCCGAAGAGAAAGACAAAAGUCUCGCUAGUAUACAAUCAUUACUUCACGAUAAUUUUGGAGCACGUGUGUGCAGUAUAUUCUGA